AUGGAUCCAAAUCGUACCGAAAGCAGUACCAGCCAACAACAAAACGUACAUUUGCACAUGCAUCACAUGUGCAACUGUCAAAGUAACGUUUACCCAACCUAUUAUCCAGCCGUGGGUUAUAGAACCACAGUACCUUCUCUGCUGACUUACACUUCCCCACCAGUACCAAGACCUUAUUUACAGCAUUACCAAUAUACGCAGUAUAACAUGGGAAAUCAAUUUUCGGUACCUAUGAGUCAUGUAAAUAAUAAUACACCAAUUUACGGUAGUACCUCGCUCACAACUACCGACGUCGUUUUUGGUGGCGUUGCGAAGGAAAAAAGAGAAAAAGCUGGUUCUCAAGAAGAGAAUAGCGAUGUUGAACGUAUGAACGAAACGAUCGAUUACGGUCAAAUUACACCACCGGUUAAUGAGUUGCUGUUAACGGAUAAUUCCGAAGCUACGGUCCCGGAUAAUUUCGUGAAAUUUCUAGAACGUAGUUGUUUGACGGCCGAACAAAUCGCUUAUCGAAAUAGAAAUCGACCAUGUUUCAGAAACAUUCAAAAUCUAUGUAUUAGAACAAGAUCCGAAAUUUUAAAACCAUGCACGACCAUUUCAAACAUACAUUCUCAAGGCAUCCCUUGGGCCACCAAGGAUUUCAUUUACGCUUUCGUUCGUUUGACAAAUUGUUGGCACAUCCUUAAAGGAUAUUGGGAAAAUAGAGAUGGCGCUAGUCUCGGUAAAAUCGAGAAGGAGCUAACGCCCGAAUUUCGUGCCUGUUACGUACGAUGGGAGAGGGAAACUAUGGAAUUGGCUUCUCAAUUGACUAGAGUAUUUUAUAAUUUGGAUAAUAACCUCGUUCCACCACAGGUGAAUAAUAUAAUAAAAACUUCUACACCCGAAAAUUCCGAGAAAAAAUCUUCGACUGGUCAAAACGUUUCUACUUCAACAUUGACCAACAUAUCAAUCAAUAAUUCAAGAUCAACGAACGUUCGAGGACUGAUUCGACUCCCGACCAAUCAGACAACCGAAACCGUCGACCAGGCUAAUCAAACAUAUUCCGGGGAUUUUUGUACGAUGAAAGAAGGAUUCGAUUCCGAAGAGGAACGGAGAGUGUACAUGAAACCGGGUAGUUACAACGUACCAAAAAGGGACAGUAACGACGGCGGUACGAUCUCGAGUCCGAGAGCCAUUGAAUUUUUAGAAACUGCUCAAAAUGUUAACAAAGCGCAAACAACUAACGAUAGAUACUGGACUAAUAUCAACGUGGCGGGAAUUAAAAAAUCUGGAGACGUAAAAAUUCUACAGAAUAAUAUAACACCGGAAGCGGAACUUGAGCUCAAUCUGGCAUCCCAUCUUAACGUACACGAAUGGUUGUUAACUAGUAAUUUUUCUGAUUUCGGCGAACCUUCUCCUGUUUCGACAUCUACACAAGAUAUAAGGACAUUUUACGUAGAUUCGUCAUCUUUAUAUGAGUCUUCGCCUCAAUUAGAUAACGAGGCUCAAAAACCGUCUACUAAUAAAAUUUUACAACGCAGUAAACACACUCUGAAGACAGACAAAGAACCGCCUCUAAAUGGAGUUUCAGAGGAAACAAUUAGAAAAAUGAGAAAAUCACCUCCCAAGAAAAGCGUGAACGAAUAUGAAAAUGAUUCGGGCAUUACUUAUGCUGGUAUUGCCGCUUUACGAGAUUUGUUGACAGAAUUAAGAAAAUACGACGUGUUGGAUGGACUCGAAGAGUCAGAUAAAAAUUAUUUCUCACCCGCUAUCGAUGUUGAUGGAAUAAUGGAAAAAUUGAAAUCCCAAGAGUACGCGUAUAUUGAUGAAGUUUUUAGAGACUUGAAAUAUUUCAUCAAUUAUUGCAACGCAUUUGCAGAACAUUUCAGCAAUGUGGAUAGCAAGAAAAAAGAAAUGGUUACGUUUAUAACUCAAAUGUUUUCACUAAAAUUACGCGAAACUCUUAAUGACAAUUUUAUCGGCUACGAUUUCGGCGAUAUGCAAGGAGACGUGUUGCAAACUGUUGGAAGAACAAAAUUCAAAGACGAAAAUCAAUUUUAUAAAUGA